AUGACCGAGGAUAACUCGUGGAAGACGAGUAACUUUCGGCAAAGUGUCGUAAACAAAAUCAAUGAAGCCAUCCAGCAGACGGGCAUGACUUCAUCGAAAAAUGGAAUCGAGAUGGAAAAUCAUGUAUUUCACAAAGCGCGCAACAAGGAUGAAUAUCUUGGCUUUGUGGCCCGGCUGAUUCUACACGUACGGGAGAUGAAUACGAAACACAAAAAUCAACAAAAUGCGGCAGCUGCAGCCGCACAGCAAGCGCAACAGGAAGGUGUUGGCAAUAGCAAUCAGCAGGGAGGAGGUGGCGGUGGUGGUGGAGGGGGUGGUGGUAUGCCGGAUCCGAUCAAUGCUCUGCAGAAUCUGGCAUCGCAAGGCACCCGACCCCAGAUGAUGGGACAGAUGGGUGUUGGACCGGGUGGACCCAUGGGCGGGCAGAUGGGAGGAGCGGGCAAUGCUUCCAAUCUGCUGCACUCGCUUCGUCCGCAAAUGCAGAUGGGCGGUAUGGGUGGACCGAUGCAGGCCAACCGCGUAGGCAUGGGACCGGGUCCGGGCAAUCAGAUGGGGGGCAUGAUGGGACCGAACCAAAUGCAGGGCCCCGGCGCCGGAAUGUCUGGUGGAAUGCCGGGCCAAAUGGGUGUCGGUAUUGGACCGGGUGGCAUGAGCGGUGGCAAAAUUGUGGGCAUGGGUGGACAGCAGCAGCAGCAGCAGCAGCAACAAAUGGCCCAGCUGAACGCUAUGCAGGUCAACCAAAUGCAGCAGCAGCAACAGGGCGGUAUGCCCCAAUCGCAACAGCAAGGAGGGCUGGUGCAAGGGCAAGGAGGACCAGUGCAGCAAAUGGGCGUAGGUCCCGGUGGACCGAACCAGAUGAACCCGAUGGUGAUGGGUCAGAUACAGGCGCAACUGCAGAAUCAAAAUGCGAUGGGCGGCCAGCAGAUGGGAACGGUCGGUGGUACAAUGGGCGCCGCGAACCAGAUGGGUCCGAUGGUAGGAUCAAACGCUGGCAUGAAUCCGCAAGCAAUGGGAAUAGCUCCGAAUCAGUUGCUUCGGCAGCAACAACAGCAGCAACAACAGCAACAACAACAACAGGGCAUGGGACAGGUCCAGAUGGGUCUGGGGCCUGGUCAGAUGGGUCAACUUAAUUCUGGUGUACAGGGUGGUGUUGGACAUGGCGGAGGUCCUGGACCUAACAUGGGUCAAGUACAGCAGCAGCAAGUAGUUGUACAGCAGCAACAGCAACAACAACAACAGCAUCAACAACUACAGCAACAUCUGCAACAGCAUCCACAGCAACACCAACAGUUGCAACAACAGCAUCAGCAACAAAUGCAACAGCAACAACACCAACCCCAACUGCAGCAGCAACAGAUGCAACAACAUCAGCAGCACCAACAAAUGCAACAACAUCAGCAACACCAACAGCAGCAGCAACUUGCCCAGCAGCAUGCUCAACAUCCGCAGCAACAUCCCCAGCAGCAGCAGCAGCAACAGCUUCAACAGCUCCAACAACACUCCCAGCAUCCGCAAAUGCAGCAACAACAUCAGCAACAACAGCAGCAGCAACAAGUACUACUGAAUGCAAUGGGUCAGGGACCUGUAGGAUCCAUCGGAGGAGGACCAAUUGGUGGCCCGGGAGGACCCGGUGUUCAGAUGCAACAGCAAGCUAUGCAGCAACAACAACAACAACACCAACAACCACAGCAAGCCAGUGGAAUGGGUCAAGCUGGUCCAAAUCAAAUGAACCCCGGUGUACCGAUUGGACCCGGUGGAGGAGGUGUAAUGGGUACUGGGCCCGCCCAGAUGCUCGGUGCCGGAGCGGGUGGUGCAGCAGGCCAGCAGGGUAAUUUUGUCGGUAUGGGAGCGAAUACGAUGGUGCGCAAACCACCGGACAUGAUGCCAGGAGGCAACGUGUUCUCUAGCGGUGGUGUAGCCGCUGUACGUAGUGUUACACCCAACAAUUUCUUGCGCCAAUCGCCUUCCCCAUCGGUACCGUCCCCGGUCGGACCCGGAGCGCACGGACCACAAUCUCAUCCGGGACAGAUGAUACCAUCGCCGGCCCUAAUCCCCUCACCUAAUCCGCACAUGGGCGGUGUUGGGCAGCGUUCCAACAUUGGCCAAUCGCCCGGCGGUUCCCUUAACACACCCGGCCAACCAGGUGGUGCAGUACCGAGUCCGCUCAAUCCACAGGACGAGCAGCUCUACCGGGAGAAGUACCGUGCGCUCACCAAGUACAUUGAACCUCUGAAACGUAUGAUUGCCAAAAUGGAAAAUGAUGAUAUCGACAAGAUUGCGAAAAUGAAACGACUGCUCGAGAUUCUUAGCAAUCCGAGCGUUCGCAUCCCGCUCGAAACGCUGCACAAAUGCGAGGCGGCCCUUACCAGCCAGCUUGGUUCGAUUCGUGAAACACCGACCAAUAAUCCACUGGUGGAGGCCGUUUCGAGUAGUCUGCAGGGUGCAGGGUCCGGAAACCAUACCCUGCAGCGUACGUUCCGUCCCUGUCUGGAUGCACUGUUUGGACCGGAUAUCAAAAAUCUACCACCACCGGCAAAGCAGCCACGCCUCGCGCAAGAAGAUCCUUCGACCGGAAAUGGUACUGCGGCUGCCGGUGUCACUAGUGGGGGAGCGACCACAACUACGACCAGCACAACAACGGCGGCAAUUAGUACGACUAGCAGCACCAACAAUGCUACCGGCAGUGCUACCACUACCAAUACCACUGCCAGCAGUACAGCGCCACAGGAAAUUCCACACAUUCUGCAAGGAGAAAUUGCUAGACUUGACCAAAAGUUUAAGGUAUCGCUCGAUCAAUGCGCCAUCAGUGGCACUCGUACGAUCCGGCUAAUUUGCUGGUUGGAUGAUAAGAAUUUACCGUGUGUGCCGCCGGUUGCGGUUACCAUCCCGGAAGACUAUCCGUUCACGGCACCGAGCUGUUCGCUGAUCGAGCAGGAGUAUAAUGCAACACCGUUCUUGAUACUUGUGCAAAAAUCGCUCAUGGCACGUAUCUGCAAGUUGCCGGGCUUGUUUACACUGUCGCAUCUGCUCGACACAUGGGAAAUGUCGGUCAGACAAGCGUGCUCACCGAAUCCGACGAUUGUUGCACCCACCGGCACCAGUGUGCUGUUGGGCAUGUAA